AUGGGACUGUGCUAUAGCCUGCGUCUUAGUCUUGACGAACCCGGUGAUACCGAGCAGCCGGCGGACUCCUCUGUACGGUUACGCUCCAAGGACCUUGACCACGAGGAUACAGAGGCAUAUAAUGACAUGACACGGCUCCAUAGUUGUUGGUGUCGCCGCGGCGGCCCUGGCAAAGGCAAACCAUCAGCAGGAGAUGCCCGUCGAGGGGACACGACUGACGGCGUGCCCAUACAGAAUGGGGGCGGCGGGGGAGCAGACCGCAGCCAGCAGCAGCAAUUGCUGCAGAAAACGCUCAGCAAACAGAAACAGAAAAACUUGGACAAAAAGCUAUCAGAGGAGAAGGAGGUAAAAAAACAGGCGAAGAAAGUCAGUAAACACAUUGAUCAAACUCUGAAGGAACAACAACGGGAAUACGAGCAGACGCCUCGUCUGCUUUUACUCGGUAGGUGUGAGAUGGUAAGGUUGGGGCUAAUAAAUUGACCAGCCCAGUGCUCUUGUGUAUCACAUUUCAGCCCUGAAAUAACGUUUCCCCCCAUUUGACAUUUCAUUGCGGAUGUCCUGAGAAACGGAAGGCUGUAAGGUAGGCUUAUAUGAGGUAUGUUAUGUUAUCCUUCUGCAAUCAACGUGCCACAAAGUCAAACCAAUGAGAUUUAUGAUUUGAAUAUAUUAGCUCUAUCAAAAGAAAUGGAACAAAAUAGAUGAAUGGGAGUGAGUAGCGCCUGGCUAUCCUAUUAGGAUAGCUAGUUCGAGAACCGCUCAACCCUGUGCCAAUUCCCGCGCUAUCAACAUACCUGUAAACGUCUCAGACAAUUAAUGCAAGGCCUACCACUAACACGUGGUGUCCUGAUGGUCACCAGGUCUAUGGUCACUAGUUCUCCUCUACCAAUUAAUUAAUAUGUUAUAUUCAAAAUAUGUUUGCAUUUAUGAAUGGGUAUUGAUUCAUUAGGCCUGAAAAUGUAGCCUACCAGUGAUGAGUAGGUUAUAGUCACAGGAGUAUAUGGAUGGUAGAGCAUUGAUACCAUAAUAUUAAGUACUGGUUCUCAUCCCAGGUUGAAGCAGUAUACACACAAAAUGUCCUUGAAAAUGCACUUGUAAUUGAAAAUGCAAUAGGCCUACAUCAUGCAAUGGAGUCAUCAUUAUCAGUGUACCAAUGCUUUACAAGAGGCAACCGAAGAUGUUAAAGAGACACUUAACCCAGCAACUUCAAAUGAUCUUUUCAGUCACUAAUACAGAUAAUGAUAAUAAUGCCACCCUGAAGUUGUGGCAGAGCCUUAUAUUGACUAUGUACAAGGUUUAAUAUAAGGCUCAGUGUUUCCCCUAUAUUCAUUUAGCAGCAAAGGGCCGCCGCUGCUAAAUCGUUGCCGCCACUCCCCAAAAAUAUGAUAAUUGUUUGUAGAAUUGCAGAAAACUUGCUUUAAAGGUAGACUCAGCGAUAUGAUGUAGCUGCUUCUUUGUUGUUGUGAGUGGCAGGAGGAGGGGCUUGGUGGCAGAGGGAGGGGCUUGGUGUCUGUGUGCAAAUGGGAAGGUGCACAGUGCACACAGCACAGAAGGAGCGAAGGACACACGACUAAAAAGACAAACGCUCAUAAAAAAAACGGGAGAAAAAAAACAACCUUGAUUCCUGCGAUACAGGCAUUUGGAACAUUGCGCUAAAACAUACAUUCAAAUUAAUUAAUAUAUCGCCCAGCCCUACAUGGUCAACAUGUGUGCCACUUUUAAAGUAUUUCAAACGUCAUUUUAAACCAAAGAAGAACACACUUUCAAGACUACUGUAGCCUACCAUUACAUUUACACAUGCACCCACACAGAUACUUUCAUCCAGUCCCAUGUAUUCCAAAUCAAGCAUGGAAAUAGUGCUUUCUAACAAUGUCACGAUGACAGCCCCUUGUGUAACCUAGCCUGGUCCCAGAUCUGUUUGAAGUCUUGCCUUAACGUGACAAUGAUCAUAUAGGAGUUGGCAAGACUGCACUAACAGAUCUGGGACCAGGCUAUGUGUAACCUUCACAGUGGUAGUAUCUCGGCAUUCCAAAAAACGAGUUUAUCAAAGACCAAGAGGCACACAUCAAAUGCUGCUUAACUAGCAGUGGCAGUAGGCUAGUGCAUGUGACCAGCAAGUGUCCUGGAACAUCAAUCAGUCAGUCUGUUCCCCUUAUAACCUCAGAUGGAGUCUAGAUUUCAAAUGAGGGUAGCAAUCUGUAUUUACUGUUUUUGAAUCAAAAAGUCAUUUGUUUGUCCAAUGACAGAAUUAUCCUUUUAUUGACAGCGGGCAGUGAAGAUCAGAAAAUACUUUGCUGACCAUAACACUCACAUCUGCCAAUUAGAAAUGAGCUGUACCAUGAUAGCAUGUUAUUAUACAGUGUAAGCUAUAGCAGUUUACAGCUGAGAUGACAAGCACACUAGAUGUAACACCAUUCCUCUGCUUUUUAUGUGGAAGGGCAGCCGAAGGAAGGUGACGUAACUUCAGCUAGUGUUAGUGUAAAGAAUCUAACGUUGAGAGAGGUCGGAGGUGGUCAGAGCCAACAGUCAGGUAAUGUUAUGACCGUGUCAGACACAGGACAGCAUCAGCACGGAUUCUAAUAAAAAGUUUGUGUGUUUGUGACAUUUAGAAUGUCAGUCAGUUUGCCUUUUAAUAAAACUAAACUACCAUGGAAAUCAAAGUGUAGGCCUACCAAUGGCAAUUUCUUUGAAUUAUUACAUAAAAGACAAUCGGCAUCAUCUUGCAUAACCUUCAAUCAUCCUGAAGUAUUUCAGCAUUCCUGAUGGAGGUUGAUCAUCAUUGGGAGCACAGGCAGGCAUCAUAUGCCCAACACUCAUCUACUACAUAACCCUUUCCACACUACUGAGCCAAGCUGAGCUGAGCCAAACCAAGCUGGACUGUGCAGACCUGGUUAUGUAUUCGCUAUAGUUGCUGGAACUGUGAUGAGGACAAUGUGAAAAGAAAACAACAGAGCUAGCACAGUAUGGUUCGUGCCGGCAUAAAAGUGUGAGAAUGGUACGUGACCUGUUGGUAGUUUAUUGCUAACACAUCUCUGGGCUUGCCUAUGUGCAUCUGAGCCAAUUUCCCACCCCCCACAUGUACUUUCAGGUGGGGGACCAAGGCCACCAAAGCAGCCUCUGGGAAAACGGACAGAAUUUUGGAUACACACACACACACAGGCGUGUCCAGAUUCUACUACCCUGCUAGAACUCUAUCAUCAUGUAUUUAGGCACUACCCUUCACUGCAUACACUUGCCCUGGCGGGUAUCACAGUUCUACAAAUAUGAAUACUAUACUUUGCUACUGCUAGCGUACUUUACUGCUGGCAUGUUGGUCUGUCUGUAACCAAAUAAGGGCUGAGAUGAUUAGGAUUAGCUCUAUUCUCUCCUUGACCAACAACUCCCAACUUUCCUACUGUAAUGCACGUCUCAUUCCAUCUUAUGAUAUCCUGUUUAUUGAGAGUAAGGUCCAUCCUUGUGUCAAGUUGCCAUAUAUAGAAGCAAGUGGGAAUAGUCCAAAGUCUGUGCUAUUUUUGCUGCCGGUCCGUCGUAUAAACCCUUCCCCACCUUGCUUUCUCGGUCUCAUGGCCUGAUUAUGGCAGCCACGUUUUCAGCUAUUGGGAUGUUUCAUUUCUGGGAUGGCCAAUGAUAAGAGAUGGACGGGAAGGUUUUGCCUUAGAGCACCAUAUGGUCAUUGAUUAUUCAUACAGCACAUACCCCUUAGUUAUGAAAAUUGAGUUUGAGUUCAAGUGGUGUGUGUACGUGCAUGUGUGUAUACCUGUGAAUGUGGUGGAGCAAGUUUGUGAGGCAGCAAAGGGAAGUGUGUACAUACAGUAUGUGUACAGUGAUCUGUGUGCAUGUUCAUUUUUUAGUGUGUUUUCUGCAUGCUAAGGGGCAGGUUGGCUCUGUUAUCGUUCCAUAUCAGAGCAGCAGUGAGAGGCACAGAGCGAGAGAGAGAGCGAGAGAACACACUCCGCGAGGCUAUUUUUAGCCCGUAUUCAGAUAGAAUCUGGGUUACGGAAUUUCAAGAAAUGGAACAGAGAUGCUCUCAAGCAGGUUCAGGUUCCAUCCAAAUAUGCAAAUGUUCUGAGUAGCUGUGAUUCACCUGAAUGGAUAUAGUGGCCAUCUUUUGAAAAAGUAACACCAAAGUCAUAUAAGUUGCAUUUAACCUUCUAAGUGAGUAAGCAAUCCACAAUUGAGAGCUUUUAAAAACAUCAUAUUUUCAGGGCUAGGCUAGGCCAAUCAGUUCUGUUGUUCCCGUUUUCACCUAAUUUUUAUAUUCAUUAAGGAUAAUUCUGAGGUAAGAACCUGCUGUGUGAAAAGGCCAAAUAUGUCCCCAAAAGGUUUUAUCUAUAAGCCUUGGUGGCAUUUCUCUGUUUGGUAAUAGGAAAAAUUGGACUGCUUCAUUCUAUUUACAUUUCGGUCAGCAGGUACUGCACAUAGGUUGGUCAGGUUAUUGGGACAAAAGCCUCCUUCUCACUGCUGAUCUCUUCUAACAUCCUUUAAUGUUCCUUGACGUCAACGUCCCUAAUCAGUUUUCUCCCUCAGUCACUAGACCAGUAGAUCUGACCUGGGAGUUUACUCAAAAUCUGAGAAUAUGAUUCACUGUAUAGAGUGCUUAACUGGAUACAUAAAUUACAAGGGUUACAUAUUGCUUUUAUAAUAGUGAUGUAACAGAUUUUAGGCAUUUAUGUGUUUAUGUCAACUGACUUAACUCAUGAGAUAAAAUGUCACGAGGGAAGCAUGUUGGCUAUCAUUAAACCUUGGUUUAGUUCCAACUGUUUGAAAGCUGAUACCAGUCCAGCAUCCAGAUAUAUUUAUGACAUCCGUUACAUAAUUACCACGACUCUUUCUACAAAGGGUUCAAGUUAAGGUGACUUAAUUAUGGGGUGCCAUUUGUAAAGAUAUGUCAUUCCUGGAAAUAGUUUGACUUGCUCAGUCCUGUGUCCAACUCUGGCCAGACAGACGGUGAUGACCUCGUCUUGACCUCAACAGACCUCUCUUACACCUACCGUUAUCUGGGGAGAAAAUGUGCGUCCUGUUUUCUGCCCAUAUUUUUACUCUCGCUUUCUAAAUUGAGCCCCACGUCCUGCGGAUACUAGCCCAGGGCUGUCCAGCGGGAUUGAAAGUUCAUCUCGAACCAAAACAAAACAAAAGAUCACACACCAGGAAUGUGUGACAAAGGACAGUAAUAUCCCAAACUCACUCAUUUGGCCACUAGCAUACUGACAGACCUCCCUGUUCUUAGCCUGCUGACAGACCUCCCUGUUCUUAGCCUGCUGACAGACCUCCCUGUUCUUAGCCUACUGACAGACCUCCCUGUUCUUAGCCUGCUGACAGACCUCCCUGUUCUUAGCCUGCUGACAGACCUCCCUGUUCUUAGCCUGCUGACAGACCUCCCUGCUCAUAGAUGCACUCUCAACUCGCUUUUGCAAUUUCCAUGUUUACCUGGUCAGUACUAACCUGCAGCUCUCCUGGGUCGAGUUCAGUAGGGUACACCGUAGCAAAGUGUUUUGCAGAAAGAAAAACGAAAAUGAGCGUUACUUAUUGGACAAGUCCAGGAAGUCCCUCCCUGUGUCAAGCCGUUUUUCUUCCAUUUAGUGCCUAAAGAACACGACCCUGUAGUGGGUCUGUUGUGAAUCUCAUGUUAUGACUAUGGAUAACUUUUAGAAAGCUAGUUAGUAUUCCAGAUAUCUUCUUAAUCUCUAACCACCUAUGUGUAGACUGUAAGUCGCUUUGGAUAAAAGCGUCUGCUAAAUGGCAUAUUAUUAUUAUUAUUAUGUGUACUCACUGGAAACCGAAAGAAUACACCUGACUAAAGAUAGACUGGAAACCUGUUUUUCAGCCUAAGGUAGCGUAUGACCUGAGCAUAUAUUAACCCCUCAUACCCGAGGCAACGGGGAUCAAGGAGGAGGGGUGAAAGUCAUAGUCACGGCUCUAUAGUAAAGGACACCUGUUUUUCUGGACCAUUCCCUUGUUGUAAAUCACACAUUAAAGUGUAAUAUUCAUGCAAACCACAAGAGGGAGGAAAAAGGCAAUGUAAGACAAUAGCCAAUGGGGCUGAUUUACAUUGACCGCUGGCAUUAAAUAGAUGUGUUUUGUUACUUAACUCCUUGUGCCAAAGAGGGAAAGAACUUGGGCACCGUAGCUCACAUAGUUGUAUCGAAAAAGGUGACAAAAAAACAAAAUCAGUGACAAAAAAAAGAUUGUCUUAACUCCCCAUGGCCACUGUAGGGAGACAUACAGGACAUGACUCACUUCUGAAUACUGCUCUCAACAGUGCACACAGCAUUAACAGUUAGGAAGGCUACAUUUGCAUCCAGAGGAGCCACACACUGGUCAACUCGCCCUAUAAGAUCACAUUUGCAUCUUGUUUUCAUAUUUUUUUUGGUAUUGGAAAAUCUUUCAAUUGUUCUGGAGGCUGUAAUGUUCUCGCCAGUGACAUAUCACGACAGAUAACCAUCUCAUGUGGUCUCACGGUUGCCAGUAUACCGCACACUACUUUUAGUAUAAUCCAUGUUUUGAUAUGAGGUCUGAAUUCUUUUUUUUGUUGACAUUUUGGAAAUUAAUCAAUCAAUCGUUCAAUUGAUGUAAUUCAUUCUAGUCCUUCUGAGUCUAGUUUGCCACUGAAACGGUCAAACACAUCUACCCCACUUACUUCAGAUCACAAACUCCUUUAUUCAGUGUACCUGAUGUCUUUCAAUUAGUUCACUACAUCUUAUUGGGGUUUGAAAGGACUUCAUUAGUGAUUCAUUUCCCCCCAACAAUGCUUUCCUUAGAGGAUGGCUUUUAUUGGUUGUCAGAACAUUUGUCUAUUUAUCCAACCUACCCUUAAAAUGACCCAGAAAGCUCCUCCAUCCUAUCACAUUGGGAGGUUGUCUUGGGCUCUCACUCGCUACAUAUCUGCUAGGACAUGGACACUGAUAUGCAAACUCCAACUUGUUUGCAUAUAUUCCAUUGCAUUUGCAUUCUGCCUUUUUUUCCUCAAAGGUUGAGGUGCUUUUCUGUUAUAGUCAACCUUUAGAUUCUCUACUAUUAUUAUAGUGUGACAUUUUGUAUUGCUACAUAUUCAAGAUAAUGUACAGUAGUAGGCUAUAGUAGGCAUAUGUCAAGUUAAUACUUCAGAGAACUUUAAAUAGCAGCCAACUAUACUUUUCUAUUUCUUAUUUGUACAGAUUUUGUAACUGUGUUAUCAUUUGGUCUCGUAAUUUCAAAAUGGUUUGUGUGGUUAUGGGGCUGCUGUGCGGCGUAGUGCUAUCCGGGAUCCUUGGGACGUCCCUACCCUAAACGCUAACCUUAACCCAUACCUUAACCCUUACCUAACCCUAACCCUUCCCACUGGGCACAGAUUUCAAGGUAUAGUUUUGAUUUACAUUUGGUUGAGUUUUCAACUAACUUGAAUUUAAAAUGAAAUCAACAAAAAAAUUCACCAUGCCAUUGGAUUUCGGUUACAAGUUGGGUACAAAAGAGACGAAAUAACCUGAUGUUGUUGAAUUUUUGCAAAUCCAAUCAGUUUUCCACAUGAGUAACCUUAACCCUUUUUAAAUGACCACUUCAAUGGGGGUAGGGAUCCUGGAUACUAUGGACCCUGGUGUGCGGCCCUGCUUGGUCGCGCGCUGUAGUUUAGCUCCAUUCACCCGUGUUUGAGCGCACCUGUGAAAUGAUUUACGCGCACAAAGUAGACAAGGGAAACUAUUUGUGGAAAACGUGUCUGUCUGGUGCAUUUUCUAUUCAAUAAUAACACAAACAUAAACCCGUUUUUGUAAACUAUAUUUUACUAUAUUAUUCACUUUUUUUAAUGCUGAACAUUCAUUAGGCUAUCAGAUGCGCCAUUAGAGAGUUUGCAAUACAUUCAUCAAGGCUUUGAAUUAUUCUAUUGUUGUAGCGUAUGUAUUUAAUAGUGUAAAUAUGUAUCUAAAUAGGCAAAUAUAGAAACCAUAUCAACGGGUAGUCUUAACUUUCCCUGGGGCCCCCAUCCUAUUGAAGCUAAAGCCUUUGACGCACAUUUUACUAGAUGAACGUAGCCUGUCCUUUUUGUUUGUUCUAGCGGUACAAAUCAAGAAAAUAUCGUCGAUUAAUGUUUUGUUAAACUGGAUAUUCAAACAGUGGUAUGGUGGCGCGCGCUCUGAGGUGUUUCUUUUUCGGUGCUGUGUGACUUCCUGGUGCUACAAAGAGAGGCAGUGCUGAGUUAAAGAGACAGAAACACAAACAGAAUUUUAGACAGGAAAAAUAGAGAGUGGGAAGCAGGAGCGAGAGAAAGGAGCAGUUGGCUGGCUUCCAGAUUCAGCCCCGCUCCACUCUUUGCAUAUUUAUGAAAUUAAUGUAUAUUUUUGUUAUAUUUAUGAUGCACAUAUUUAUUAGAAUCGACUGAAUCUACUGGAUUGGGUUUGACAAGGGGUUAAAACGAAAUUGUAACGGGGAAGGUUUUUUCUGAGCGACAGAAGUGGCGCACGGAUUUUUCGUGCCAUUUGUUCUCCUUUUAUAUUGAAAGAAGGAUUUACAUUAGCUGUUAUUUUAUACUUUCUGUUUACGAGAAGAGGUCAGCGGAAGAUGGGUUGUUUGGGCAACAGCAAGACUGAAGAUCAACGCAUCGAUGAAAAGGCACAAAGAGAAGCGAAUAAAAAAAUCGAGAAACAAUUACAAAAGGAAAGACAAACAUAUAAAGCCACACAUCGACUGCUUUUAUUGGGUAAGGUCCAGAAGGUGGAUUUGAUAAAUUAUAUGUAUCAUGUAUGUUUUCAGAGAUUCGCACCCCAGCCCACAUACGUUGACAGGUCUCGCAACCGAGCGCUGACUGAAUCUUCAGAUGGAUUGUAGCCUAAUUCUCAUGGAUUUAAACACCAGCAUAUGAGGCACCCAAGUACCUUUUUAUAUAUUUUAGUGAUGGCUCCAGGUCCUUAUGCUAGAUCUGUGUUUUAUGUCGAAGGGGCCGGAGAGUCUGGGAAAAGCACGAUUGUCAAGCAGAUGCGGAUUCUGCACGUCAAUGGCUUUAACGCAGAGUAAGUACCCGUUAUUUCAUAUAUUUGACCGCAUUUACGUGCCAAAGUUUGACGUAUUCCUAUUCUAUGUGGAUAUUGUUAGGUAUUAGAAUAUGUUUUAUUGUUGUCAUUUUAAUUUGUUCCCUGUAAGAUAAGAAAAUGACCGAGUGUUGGGUAGACGUUUCUUUGCGCUGUAGCACUGCAGUGUCCAUCGGGAGUCAUUGGGCCCAAUGGUUUUAACAACAGCAUGGCGACAAUCCUGCUAUGUCCAACUGAUUUCUAAUAGCUGUCACAGAGAUAAAGACGUCAUAUUAUGUGGUCUAGAUUCUGUGUGCCAAAACACUGCCAGAUAAAUGUUAGGCUUACAGUUGCUAUUACAUUAUUAUGCGCAAGCCAACAAAAAAAUCUAAAAACUGAAUUCAUUGGCUGAAAAAACGGUUAUGCAAAAGUAACGUGUGCAGUGGUAUUUUACAACGAUGCUGAAACAAUGUAUCUGUAAGCCUUUCUAUGGCCUAUGAUAUCCCAUCUGGACUUGGUUACAUUAUCGUUUGAUUUGGUUACAUUGUGCAGUGUAGGAUAGUCUUCUGUAUUGGCUGUAGAGGUGUAAUGAAUCCGUUUUUUAGGAAAAUGAAUGAUAAUAUCCAAUCAUAAACGGUCCUCUAUUUAUAUAUUUAAUAAUAUCUUUGAUAUUAUUUGAGCAAAUGGACCGAGAUACAUAUAGUCAAUGCUUAAUGUCCGUCCACUUUUGGUGCUGAAUGGAACAAAUCUCUCUGAAUAUUGGGGUAGCGCUAACAGCCACUGGGCACACACUGGUUGAAUCAACCUGUUUCAAAAUGACGUUGAACCAACGUGUAAUAGACGUUGAAUUAUUGUCUGUGUCCAGUGGGAGGCUACUGUAAUAGCAUAACAAGUAAACUUUCAAAUAACAUUUUAGCACAAUACAUAAUUGCUAUUCAUUUACAAAUGGUAAGUAUGACCAAAUAAGCUAUUAGGCCUAUGAUGGUUUGCAUUAGUGGUGCUAUGAGACAUCCUCUUCUUUCUACAGAAUGGCAUAAAGAUUCCUUUAAUUAAUCCAGUGAUCACUUUUCCAGUAUUCAUUCAUGCCUAACAAUCCUAAUUCUAUAUGUUGUUUCUCCACCCAGAGAAAAGAAACAGAAGGUCCUGGACAUUCGGAAAAAUGUCAAGGAUGCCAUUGUGGUAAGUUGUAGGCUGUAUGUAGCCUACUCAAAUAAAAAGAUGAUGUGCUGAGAUUUGUAUGAUAGAAUGUACAUGAUCACACCCUAUGAGAUUUUCUUUCCUGCAGUUCCAUUUGACUGAUAGACGGGCUUGUCCCCGUGUGUCCAGCUUGAUGUCUGUGUUUUUUUUUUUUUUUCCCGCUCUCUAGACGGUGGUUUCAGCGAUGAGCACGUUAAUACCCCCAGUUCCAAUAGGCAACCCAGCGAACCAGUCCAGAAUUGACUACAUCAAAAGUAUAGCACCUCUCUCGGACUUCGACUACACAGAGGUAAGGGGUGACCGUCCGUCAAACACUGACUGAUAUGUAUAUAUAUAGAUAUAUAUAUACACAGCACCAGUCAAAAGUUUGGACACACCUACUCAUUCCAGGGGUUUUCUUUAUUUUUACUAUUUUCUACAUUGUAGAAUAAUAGUGAAGACAUCAAAACUAUGAAAUAACACAUAUGGAAUCAUGUAGUAACCAAAAAAGUGUUAAACAAAUCAAAAUAGAUUUUAUAUUUGAGAUUCUUCAAAGUAGCCACCCUUUGCCUUGAUGACAGCUUUGCACACUCUUGGUAUUCUCUCAACCAGCUUCAUGAGGUAGUCACCUGGAAUUUAUUUCAAUUAACAGGUGUGCCUUGUUAAAAGUGAAUUUGGGGAAUUUCUUUCCUUCUUAAUGCGUUUGAGCCAAUCCGGUGUGUUGUGACAAGGUAUGGUUUGUAUACAGAAGAUAGCCCUAUUUGGUAAAAUACCAAGUCCAUAUUAUGGUCCUCUGUAGCUCAAUUGGUAGAGCAUGGCGCUUGUAACGCCAGGGUAGUGGUUUCGAUCCCCGGGACCACCCAUACGUAAAAAUGAAUGCACACAUGACUGUAAGUCGCUUUGGAUAAAAGCGUCUGCUAAAUGGCUUAUUAUUAUUAUUAUUACUAUUAUUAUUAUUAUUAUUAUUAUUAUUAUUAUUAUUAUAAGAACAGCUCAAAUAAGCAAAGAUACAUUUUAAUUUAAUUUCACAUUUAUUUAACCAGGUAGGCCAGUUGAGAACAAGUUCUCAUUUACAACUGCGAACUGGCCAAAAUAAAGCAAAGCAGUGCGAUUUAAAAACAACAACAACACCGUUACAUAUGGAAUAAACAAAAACAAAACGUACAGUCAAUAACACAAUAUAAAUUCUAUAUACAGUGUGUGCAAAUGUAGUAAGUUAUGGAGGUAAGGAAAUAAAUAGGCCAUAGUGCAAAAUAAUUACAAUUUAGUAUUAUGACAGCCCAUCAUUACUUUAACACAUGAAGGUCAGUCAAUCCGGAAAAUUUCAAGAACUUUCUUCAAGUGCAGUCGCAAAAACCAUCAAGCGCUAUGAUGAAACUGGCUGUCAUGAGGACCGCCACAGGAAAGGAAAGGAAGACCCAGAGUUACCUCUGCUGCAGAGGAUACGUUCAUCAGAGUUACCAGCCUCAGAAAUUGCAGCCCAAAUAAAUGCUUCACAGAGUUCAAGUAACAGACACAUCUCAACAUCAACUGUUCAGAGGAGACUGCGUGAAUCAGGCCUUCAUGGUCGAAUUGCUGCAAAGAAACCACUACUAAAUGACACCAAUAUGGAGAAGAGACUUGCUUGGGCCAAGAAACAAGAGCAAUGGACAUUUAGGCCGGUGGAAAUAUGUCCUUUGGUCUGAUGAGUCCAAAUUUGAGAUUUUUGGUUCCAACCGCCGUGUCUUUGUGAGACUUAGAGUAGGUGAACGGAUGAUCUCUGCAUGUGUGGUUCCCACCGUGAAGCAUGGAGGAGGAUGUGUGGGGGUGCUUUGCUGGUGACACUGUCUGUGAUUUAUUUAGAAUUCAAGGCACACUUAACCAGCAUGGCUACCACAGCAUUCUGCAGCGAUACACCAUCCCAACUGGUUUGCGCUUAGUUGGACUAUCAUUUGUUUUUCAACAGGACAAUGACCCAACACCCCUCCAGGCUGUGUAAGGGCUAUUUGACCAAGAAGGAGAGUGAUGGAGUGCUGCAUCAGAUGACCUGGCCUCCACAAUCACCCAACCUCAACCCAAUUUAGAUGGUUUGGGAUGAGUUGGACCGCAGAGUGAAGGAAAAGCAGCCAAUGCUCAGCAUAUGUGGGAACUCCUUCAAGACUGUUGGAAAAGCAUUCCAGGUGAAGCUGGUUGAGAGAAUGCCAAGAGUGUGCAAAGCUGUCAUCAAGGCUAAGGGUUGACUACUUUGAAGAAUCUCAAAUAUAAAAUAUAUUUUGAUUUGUUUAACACUUUUUUGGUUACUACAUGAUUCCAUAUGUGUUAUUUAAUAGUUUUGAUGUCUUAACUAUUAUUCUACAAUGUGGAAAAUAGUUUUUUUUAAAAUUAAAUAAAAACCCUUGAAUGAGUAGGUGUGUCCAAACAUUUGACUGGUACUGUAUAUAUGUAUGUAUAUAUAUAUGCAUGCAUACAUAUAUAUAUAUAUACAUACAUACAUACCGAGAGAGAGCGAGAGAUCUGUACAGCUUGUUAAUUAUGCCCUGAGAAGCAACCUCGAGGCAUUGAUCAGGUCUUUGCUAUUCAUAGAUUCAGCGUGUAUCCAACUCCUGAUUGAAUUCACUCAUUCAGUGGACAAUAAAAAAACAAAUGUUGUCUAAGUCUAUUUGUAGUUAAGUUGUUCAAAGUGGAGUCUGUUUAAAUGCUGAUGCCAAAUAUACGGUCACUAUGAAAAAUAUGUUAUGUAAGCCUAUUCUAUAAUAGCAGUUAUCUAAAAAAGCCACAUUCACUAUUAGCUCCAUUUGGAUGAAACAAUGAGAAGUUGUAAGAAAUGUUCAAAUCAAAGGAUAAGAGUCCAUUCAAAACCAUCACCUACUGGGCAUAAGCUACAUCAGGACUGCCCAACCCUGUUCCUGGAGAGCUACCCUCCUGUAGGUUUUCGCUCCAACCCCAUUCAUCUUAUCAACCUGCUAAUUAUUAGAAUCAGGUGCGCUAGAUUAGGGUUGGAGUGAAAACCUACAGGACGGUAGCUCCACAGGAACAGGGUUGGGCAGUCCUGAGCUACAUGAUUAGGCAAUUUAUAAAUGUAUGAACCAUUGCAGGGUUUUAGUAUAUAAAAAUAAAAAAAUUUGUAAAUGCUUUAUUAAAUUGUGCAAUAUGUAUGAUUACCUGAGCUCUGCAACAGGUUCUGCAAACUCCCAGUAGUAGGCUACGUUGGAAUUACCUUAGAGGAUUUCUUUACUUUGGAUUUGAUUGAAAGGGCCUGAAGUGGGCAAAUAUAUGACAUUACUUCUGGUGUGUGCAGUGAUAUCUCCCAGCUAUGAAUUAAAUUGUAUGAGUACACAAUAAAACAAAUACUUUGCUGUAUUUGACUGCCUGGAAAUAUACACUACAUGACCAAAAGGAUGCAUGGGCAUUAGUAUGGAGUUGGUCCCCCCUUUGCUGCUAUAACAGCCUCCACUCUUCUGGGAAGGCUUUCCACUAGAUGUUGGAACAUUGCUGCGGGGACUUGCUUCCAUUCAGCCACAAGAGCAUUAGUGAGGUCGGGCACUGAUGUUGGGCGAUUAGGUCUGGCUCGCAGUCGGCGUUCCAAUUCAUCCCAAAGGUGUUCGAUGGUGUUGAGGUCAGGGCUCUGUGCAGGCCAGUCAAGUUCUUCCACAGCGAUCCUGACAAACCAUUUCUGUAUGGACCUCGCUUUGUGCAUGGGGGCAUUGUCAUGCUAAAACAGGAAAGGACCUUCCCCAAACUGUUGCCACAAAGUUGGAAGCACAGAAUCUCUGUAUGCUGUAGCGUUAAGAUUUUCCUUCACUGGAAUUAAGGGGCGUAGCCCAAAUCAUGAAAAACAGCGCCAGACUAUUAUUCCUCCUCCACCAAACUUUACAGUUGGCACUAUGCCUUCGGGCAGGUAGCAUUGACCUGGCCUCCGCAAAAACCCAGAUUUGUCCGUCAGACUGCCAGUUGGCGAAACGUGAUUCAUCACUCCAGAGAACGCGUUUCCACUGCUCCAGAGUCCUAUGGCGGCGAGCGUUACACCACUCCAUUGCGCAUGGUGAUCUUAGGCUUGUGUGCGGCUGCUUUGCCAUGGAAACCCAUUUCAUGAAGCUCCCGACGAACAGUUAUUGUGCUGACGUUGCUUCCAGAGGCAGUUUGGAACUCUUCAGUGAGUGUUGCAACCGAGGACAGAUGAUUUUUAUGUGCUUCAGCACCCUGGUCUGUUCUGUGAGCUUGUGUGGCCUACCACUUUGCGGCUGAGCCGUUGUUGCUCCUAGACGUUUCCACUUCACAAUAACAGCACUUACAGUUGACUGAGGCAGCUCUAGCAGGGCAGAAAUUUGACAAACUGACUUGUUGGAAAGGUGGCAUCCUAUGAUGGUGCCACCUUGAAAGUCACUGAGCUCUUCAGUAAGGCCAUUCUGCCAGUGUUUGUCUGUGGAUUGCAUGGCUGUGUGCUCGAUGUUAUACACCUGUCAGCAACAGGUGUGGCUGAAAUAGCCGAAUCCACUAAUUUGAAGGGGUGUCCACAUACUUUUGUAUACAGUGAGGGGAAAAAGUAUUUGAUCCCCUGCUGAUUUUGUACGUUUGCCCACUGACAAAGAAAUGAUCAGUCUAUCAUUUUAAUGGUAGGUUUAUUUGAACAGUGAGAGACAGAAUAACAACAAAAAAAUCCAGAAAAACGCAUGUCAAAAAUGUAAUAAAUUGAUUUGCAUUUUAACGAGGGAAAUAGGUAUUUGACCCCUCUGCAAAACAUGACUUAGUACUUGGUGGCAAAACCCUUGUUGGCAAUCACAGAGGUCAGACGUUUCUUGUAGUUGGCCACCAGGUUUGCACACAUCUCAGGAAGGAUUUUGUCCCACUCCUCUUUGCAGAUCUUCUCCAAGUCAUUAAGGUUUCGAGGCUGACGUUUGGCAACUCGAACCUUCAGCUCCCUCCACAGAUUUUCUAUGGGAUUAAGGUCUGGAGACUGGCUAGGCCACUCCAGGACCUUAAUGUGCUUCUUCUUGAGCCACUCCUUUGUUGCCUUGGCUGUGUGUUUUGGGUCAUUGUCAUGCUGGAAUACCCAUCCACGACCCAUUUUCAAUUCCAUGGCUGAGGGAAGGAGGUUCUCACCCAAGAUUUGACGGUACAUGGCCCCGUCCAUCGUCCCUUUGAUGUGGUGAAGUUGUCCUGUCCCCUUAGCAGAAAAACACCCCCAAAGCAUAAUGUUUCCACCUCCAUGUUUGACGGUUGGAGAUGGUGUUCUUGGGGUCAUAGGCAACAUUCCUCCUCCUCCAAACACGGCGAGUGGAGUUGAUGCCAAAGAGCUCAAUUUUGGUCUCAUCUGACCACAACACUUUCACCCAGUUCUCCUCUGAAUCAUUCAUAUGUUCAUUGGCAAACUUCAGACGGCCCUGUAUAUGUGCUUUCUUGAGCAGGGGGACCUUGCGGGCGCUGCAGGAUUUCAGUCCUUCACAGCGUAGUGUUAACAAUUGUUUUCUUGGUGACUAUGGUCCCAGCUGCCUUGAGAUCAUUGACAAGAUCCUCCCGUGUAGUUCUGGGCUGAUUCCUCACCGUUCUCAUGAUCAUUGCAACUCCACGAGGUGAGAUCUUGCAUGGAGCCCCAGGCAGAGGGAGAUUGACAGUUCUUUUAUGUUUCUUCCAUUUGCGAAUAAUCGCACCAACUGUUGUCACCUUUUCACCAAGCUGCUUGGCGAUGGUCUUGUAGCCCAUUCCAGCCUUGUGUAGGUCUACAAUCUUGUCCCUGACAUCCUUGGAGAGCUCUUUGGUCUUGGCCAUGGUGGAGAGUUUGGAAUCUGAUUGAUUGAUUGCUUCUGUGGACAGGUGUCUUUUAUACAGGUAACAAGCUGAGAUUAGGAGCAGCUCAGCUCGUUACCUGUAUAAAAGACACCUGGGAGCCAGAAAUCUUUCUGAUUGAGAAAUACUUAUUUCCCUCAUUUAAAAUGCAAAUACAUUUAUAACAUUUUUGACAUGCGCUUUUCUGGAUUUCUUUGUUGUUAUUCUGUCUCUCACUGUUCAAAUAAACCUACCAUUAAAAUUAUAGACUGAUCCUUUCUUUGUCAGUGGGCAAACGUACAAAAUCAGCAGGGGAUCAAAUACUUUUUUCCAUCAAUGUAUACAGUGUAUGAUACACAGUAUAUACCCAAUAUGAGUUCCUAUUGGCUGUUGGUUUUUGUUCUUCCAUUGGAAUGUCCACAAAAUCGGACAUGGGUCCAAAAGUUUGCUCCCAUCAGGAACCUUGUUUUUUCAGACAGUGAUUAAGGGGAAGCUGGCCCAGUGCGCAAUCUGGACACAUCUGUUGGACUAGAUAAAUACUAAUCAACUGUUACAUGAUGAGUCGGCUUUCUAAAAAAAGCUUUUAGUAACCUAAUUUUCUUUUCUUUUUUGGCGGAGGGCGGAGUUUGGGGGAGCGCAUCAUUAGCCAUUUUUAAAUCAAAGCCGUCCCUUCUCCCUCACAAGGAAUUGUUUGAUGCCUUCUCUGUGUGCACUGGGUCAAGGCAAGGCAGACAAAGCGUUGGUCUGUUUGUGCCGAGGUGUUACGAAAUAAUCCAAACAGUCGAUUCUUUUAGCUUCUCAGAUUCCCUGUGUUGGGUCAGCGACGCUGCAGACGACAUGAAACGGAUGAUGAGAAUAAGGGUCUGCUCCAGGGUUUGUUGAUACUCUGUUAUCUAAUGUUUUUAACUGUGAACUCUACGAGCGCUGAUGAAGGUUGUUGUGAUGUUGACAGUUGGCUUGCUAAUAGUAAACACUGGUUGUGAGUGGACCACAAACAUGAAAUAUGAAAUAUGGGACUUUCAAAAGUUUAUUUGACCCCGAGAUGAGGAUAUUUGUUACUUACGAGCUUCCGUUUCAGCUGUAUAGAAUUGAUUAGCUUUUUAUAAGGGACCACUAUAGGAAGAAGUGGUACAUGAAGGUUAUUGCGUUGUGUGUCAAAGAUCCUCCCUUAAUCAUGUCAAUGUUGUUCAGGUCAGACAUUUUGAGUUAAUCUGGUAUUUCAAUCAAGUGCUUUUGCUUUAGCGUUCAAACUAAAGCUUGUUAGAACGCCAUUUUAGUCCUAUUCUCUCUGGUGUUGCCCAGUUGUUGGAGGUAUCUGUCCCGUCUCUGUCCCGUCUCUGUCUGUCCGUCCGUCUGUUCGUCUGUGUAUUCAUACUAGUGGAGAUCCAUACUGUAUACCAGUCGGUCAAAACAUGGACAGUAGGAGCAGUAGAUGUUUUGGCUGCAACACAGGUUUCAUUAAUUAGGCCUAUUAUGUAAAGGCACAUCGAUUUCUGUUUGUAAACCAGCUGGCUAGUGGCUCAGAGAUGUGGACAAAGAGAGGCCCUCGCAGCAUUCAAACAAAUUAAUAUUUUCCUCUAAAGCAGGUCCGUGUUUCAUGUAUUGCCUCCUAUGUCACAUGUAAAGCCCUGUUUCUGUAGAUUCGUAUCAUCCAAUUACCGCCUGCAUGUGUAACUUGUUACUGUUAAUUUUUCUAAAAAAGGGACUUUCUAAGAAGAGCACUUGUCCAGUGUUUAAGUUGUGUAACAAAUGGGUUUGUUUAACCUCACGUUUGUUGAAUUUCACUUGAGUUAAUGAAAUUAUGCCCUCAACUUCAUGCACCAUGCCCACGAGAGAGACACACACACACACACUUUCAAAAUGGUUCCCUUCAGAUUAUUAAAACAAUAACAAGCAGAGAUUCAUACCAUACGCUUUAAUCACUACCCACCCGCACUCAUUGAUAAUUGAUAAUCACGAGCAGUUUAUCAUGAUAAGACAGAGCCAAUAGGCAUGUCUUCACGUCUAUCUUAUUUUUCAGAGAUUGAUCUGCCAUUAUUUAGGCUGAAAUAAAUUUGGCAAAAUAUAUGGCUUGUAUUUUUUUAAAUGUAAUUGAACCUUUAUUUAACUAGGCAAGUCAGUUAAGAACAAAUUCUUAUUUACAAUGACUGCCUACACAGGCCAAACCCGGACGACGCUGGGCCAAUUGUGCGCCGCCCUAUGGGACUCCCAAUCACAGCCGGAUUGUGAUACAGCCUGUAAUCGAACCAGGGUGUCUGUAGUGAUGCUGCUGCCCUGGCUCAAAUGCUUAUAUUGGCAGCAGAUAACAUACACCCUGGUCAAAAACCACUGGGCUUUCAAAGAAAGCAUCAGCAGUUGAUUGCAGUUACACAAUUGACGAGUAUACAUUUUAUCUUGACGUGGUGCCAGUAGCGUUUAGACUAGAAUAAUCUUAGAUUGUUUUUGGGGCCACUUGGCACCAGUACAUUCUCAUGUGUUCAGUGGACAGUCUACAAUGCCUUUUCCAUCUGCCCAAAGCUGACAUUUGAGACUUAAAUAUGCAACAUGACAACUAUACCUUCAAAGAUUUAAUCUACUUGUGUCUAUCUAUUGUAUUUAAACUAUUGAUGGCAGAUGUAGGUGUUAAGAUGUAACAAUCGAUUAUAUAAAACACACACCCCGUUAAUAUCUUAUGUAAAUGACGGCAGCUACCAAUGAAGACAUUUAUCUGAGACGACUACAGAAAUGUCAGUACAUUGGAUUAAUAAGGUUUGGCCAAUAUGGUGAGAGUGCGGUAUGCGGCUAUAGGAAUGAAACGGUUAAGGAGCCGUAAGUUAGUUAUGUGCACAACGUCCCGUUUGCUCUCUUUCAUUGGCCCCUCCAUUAGAGGCAGUAAACUGUAUACUGCAUUUAUUCACACUGUGUCACGAGCCUCCCUGAAACCGAGCCCUGAGGAGUGUCUCCUGCUUCUUUACACAAACACACACACACACACACACACACACACACAGCUUGAUCAUAUUAUACCUCCUUUGUUAAGCCAUUGGAAGAGGAGAGAGCCAUUGGCGCUUCUAAGUCUUUUUUAGCUUGUCGGCUGGAGGGACCCACCAGAGUGUAGCGGACAAGGUUGGAAUGGUGGACGUGAUGAACACUGUACACUACAGUGCAGUAUGGAGUAAACUGGCUCUCUUUGACUUAAUUUAGCCGACAUAGCAUGUGUAAACGAAGUGAAAUCAGUCAUAUGUUUUAGUUAGUAGGCCAAUGAUUGCAAGAUGAAGACCGAUAGGCUUUUUAAUCUAAAUGAAAUGAUCAUUUGAGUCGCAGACCUCCAGUCUUGGCUGGGUAAGCCCAGCCUUCAGACAGACCUCAGCAAUGACAUUUUGUAAUGCUUGCUGAAGACACUGAAUACUACUGUGUAACUGUCUCCCCACCCAAACAUCCUUAAACUAAAAUAGACCAUAGAUAAUUGCAGAUUAAUCCGAUAUUUUUCUGUUUUAGUUCUAA